AUGGAGGACAUUGAGGAUUUGCUGAUUGGGAGCAGCCGAAGUGAAGCUCCACCAGGAUUUCGUUUGCCAUUAGCAGCUGCUGUUGGCGUCGGCGUUGGAACUAAGCGGAAUCAACUCUCUUCUUCUUUACCUUCGCCUGCGAUCCCUGGCACUCAGACUAUCUACAUCAAGACCUUUGGCUGCUCGCAUAACCAGAGCGACAGCGAAUACAUGGCUGGUCAGCUUUCGGCUUUUGGUUACUCUUUGAGCGAUAAUCCCGACCUAGCAGAUCUCUGGCUCAUUAACACUUGCACAGUUAAAUCCCCGAGUCAAUCUGCUAUGGAUACCAUCAUAUCAAAAGGAAAAUCUUCAAAUAAACCACUAGUUGUUGCUGGCUGUGUCCCUCAAGGAAGUCGAGAUUUGAAAGAGCUCGAAGGGAUCAGCGUUGUUGGAGUUCAGCAAAUUGAUCGUGUUGUUGAAGUUGUAGAGGAGACUUUAAAAGGUCACGAAGUGCGCCUCUUUACACGAAAGAAAUUGCCAGCACUGGACCUCCCUAAGGUAAGGAAGAACAAGUUUGUUGAGAUUCUUCCUAUCAAUGUUGGUUGUUUAGGUGCUUGUACUUAUUGCAAGACAAAGCAUGCUCGGGGUCACCUAGGAAGUUACACAGUUGAUAGCCUUGUUGGGCGUGUAAAAUCUGUCAUAUCUGAUGGAGUUAAAGAGAUAUGGCUUAGCAGUGAGGACACUGGAGCAUAUGGUCGUGACAUUGGUGUCAAUCUUCCAACUUUGUUGAAGGCCUUAGUAGCAGAACUACCAGCUGAUGCAAGCACAAUGCUGCGUAUUGGAAUGACCAAUCCACCUUAUAUCCUUGAGCACUUGAAAGAGAUAGCAGAGAUAUUACGCCAUCCAUGUGUGUACUCUUUUCUGCAUGUACCAGUUCAGUCUGGAAGUGAUACUAUUUUGAGCGCAAUGAAUCGGGAAUAUACUGUGAGUGAGUUCAGGACUGUUGUAGAUACUUUAACUGAGCUUGUACCAGAGAUGGAGAUUGCCACUGAUAUAAUAUGUGGAUUUCCUGGUGAAACUGAUGAAGAUUUUGUGCAAACUGUUAACCUUGUUAAAGAGUACAAGUUCCCUCAAGUUCAUAUUUCACAAUUUUAUCCUCGACCAGGGACACCUGCUGCAAGGAUGAAAAAAGUUCCAAGUAAUGUGGUGAAGAGAAGAAGCCGAGAACUGACAAAUGUCUUUGAAUCCUUUACACCAUACUCUGGGAUGGAGGGCAAAGUGGAAAGAAUAUGGAUUACUGAUAUUGCAUCUGAUGGAGUUCACUUGGUUGGUCAUACAAAAGGAUAUAUACAAGUUCUUGUACUUGCUCCAGACAAUAUGCUGGGAACUUCAGCUAUGGUUAAAAUAACAUCUGUGGGAAGGUGGUCAGUUUUUGGGGAAGUAAUUGAGACAGUCAACCAUGUAAGUGACGGUAAAGCUCUGAACAAGCUGGUUCCUAAUCAGGAUAUGGCUAAUCUCUGCGGUAAUCCAGCCAAGAAUGGUGGAUUCUCGGAAGUGCAAGAAUCUUGUGCUUGUGGAAAUGACAGUUGCUGUAGUCAGGAUACUCUCGAUAACAGUGAUAAUUCAAGACAGAACCAAAGCAAAAGGAAUUUCAUUGGAUGGAUGUUGAGGAAGCGGAAGCAUCUGCACAAAAAGGUAGAGAGGGAGCUUGCCUCGGGAUAUGUUAAAAAGCAAGAAGGAAGCAUGAGGGAGUGGGACUUCGUUGAUAAGGCUCUUUUGGGUGGAAUAUCUAUCAGCCUCUUGACGAUUAUUGCUCUGGUAGUAGUAGCCCUUACGUUUAGAGUUAUUUGGUCCCAGUAAAAGGCUGUUAGUUUUUAAUAUUUUUCCGAAUCAAAUUGUCAUUCGAAAGUUUUGACUUGUACAAAUUUCUUAGAUUUUAUCAAGUGUUGUCAUAUGUAUUAUUCCCGCAAAUUUUCAGCCCACAUCAUGCAUUAGGUUUUAUGGCAGUUGUAUUGAUACACGAUUCGUAGAAAAUCCUUUUGGGGCUUGAUUUAUAAGAGCGAACGAACUUGCUCAUCCA